ACACAAACUCUCUCAUACACCGGCAUAAUGCAGCCCCCUCUCCGAAUUGCCGUCCUGGAAUGCGACACCCCACUCCCCGCCGUCAACGCCCGCUACAACAACGAAGGCUACUACGGCGUCUUCAAGACACUCCUCAAAUCCAGCGCCGAGAAUUUAGGAAAUUCACGCUUAGACCCAGACACCGGGCUCCAGAUUACAAAAUGGGACGUUAUCGACGCGCAGGAAUACCCGAGACUGGAGGAUGUCGACGCUGUGCUUCUUACAGGGUCAAAACACAAUUCUUUUGAAGAUAUUCCGUGGAUCAACCGUUUGGUCGAGUUUACGCAGCAGGUCCUGGCGCAAAAUCGGGUGCGAAUUCUCGGAAUCUGCUUCGGACAUCAGAUCGUGGGCCGUGCGCUGGGUGCGAAGGUUGGACGGAGUGACCAGGGAUGGGAAAUUGCGGUUUGUGACAUGGAUUUGACGGAGAAGGGGAAGGAGUUGUUCGGUUUGGAGAAGCUUCGCGUUCAACAAAUGCACCAGGAUGUUGUGCAUAACUGUCCUUCGGGUGUCACUUUGCUUGGACAUUCACCGAGAUGUGCUGUUCAGGGCAUGUAUGCGCCUCGUCGCUUUGUCACUGUUCAGGGACACCCUGAAUUCACUCGCGAGAUUGAGGACGUUAUCAUUCAGAGUAGGGCCAAGGCUGGUGUCUUGAGUGAGGACCAAGCGCAGGAGGCCCUGGCAAGAACAGGUAACGAACAUGAUGGUGUUUCCAUCGGGGCGACAUUCCUCAAGUUCCUACUAGAAGGAUGA